AUGUUAGGUUCGACUACUACUGAUCCACAACAACUGGUGGUAAAUACUCCUUCAAUUGCAACUCCAACAGUUAAACGUACUGGUUCAGUAUCAAAUAUAGUUGAAGCAGCAUCACCAUCAAAACGUCGUAAAAUGAAUUCAAAUGAAAAUUGUUCGAUAAUUGAUGAUUCAGAUGUUAUUAUGACUGAUAUUGAAGCUAUGAAUACAAGUAAAAUAAAUGUAUUAGAAGAUGCAAGUAAUGUUUCGGAUAUAAAAUCUUCUCCACUUACAAUUAUUUCAAAUGAUGAAAUAAAACUUGAUAGUACACCAAUAUGUACACUUCUUAUACCAAAACGAAAACAACCACCUGCAUGA